AUGACCACGGCAUCACCAAGCCCCAUGGGCUUCUCUCAGUUCUCAUCCCUCUCGCGGCGCCCUCCCUCGCGGCAAGGUUUCAAGCAACCUACUUAUAGACCACAGCUCAACCGUGAAGAGCCUGUGGCCACCGAAAGCCAUGCGCGAACUUACUCACUCAAUGAUAGCUCCGACGACGAAAUACCCUUUCCGAUGAUGAAAUUCAGCGCCCUAACAAACGCAUUGCUUAACGAUGUCGCCCCAGACGUCGAAAGGUCCACCCAAGAUACAUCACGGACGACUCCUGAACCUGACGAGCCAGAUAUUCAUAAGAGAACAGGAAGCGCCAGCGCAAUUCGAGACCUCCCCUCCCCUCCGGGCAGCAAAGCCCGGAGCCCGUGUCCGCGAAGAAUUGUGCGGCUCAGCGGGACUCCUGGCUCUUCGAGUCUCCGCAGGUCAGAUUCCUUAUCUAGUGCUGUCCGGAAGCAUAAUGAUCAAGCAGCCGCUAAAGCAGAAAGCCCCCUAGACCUCAGCACCCCCGCCCCCGUUAGAAGAACUGUACGAAUUCCUAUAACUGCUCAAAGCAACCAGGUGCUAUUUGGAAGCUCUUCGGGUAAAAGUUCGAGUAGAACAGAUUCGGGACCUCGCAAUGGCGAUGGAGAGAUUGCAUCGCAGGAAUACCCAGCCACGGCUGCUCGAUCGCAAUUGGCUGCCAACCAAGGAAGUGUGUCGAGAUAUGGGUCGUCAACUAUUGGGCGUCCGAGAUAUGGCGAGGAUGCAGGGUUACAAAACUCAAUGCGGGUCAAAAGGGUUGGCAAAGUAACGGGGACAUUCUUACGCGGGCCUGCUCGAAGGGGAAGAAGGCGUAUGGACGACGAUGAGCAAAGUCCGAUGGAAGAGCAAGGAAAUCGACUUGACGCAGCUAUGUCAAGUCAAGAGCCUCAGAGCCAGGAGUCAGAGCAAAUGGAAUCCCAGAGUCAAGAACCGGAGCUUAUCCCAGAGUCAGAGGCAAAUCGCGCCUCUCUGUUUUCGACAACCUACAGGGACUUUGCUUCUGGUAGCCCGGUCAGCUCCAAAGAUAUACUAAACUCAGUCCUGCGAUCAAAUUCACCUCCGCCUCCUACUUUGGCUAGUUCACAGAAAACUGCCGAGAGAGCCUCAAGUGCUCGGCCCCCAUUACAACCGGUACAACCGGUAUUCAAAGUCCCAGCUCCACGACCAGGUUUACCAUCAGCCCAUGAUCAAGAAAAUGAGGCGCCGCCAACCUUCAAAAGAAACAAACAAGCACCGUUAAUUCAUCUCGACAAGAUGGAAAAGGGUUCAUCCCGACCACAAAGUAUGGAUAUGGAUGCUUUGCGUGCUGGGUCUCCCGAAAGACGCCCCUUGGCAACUAGGAGUCAAAAUACACCACGACGACCCGCACCACCCCCUCCAAAGAUGUCCAUUCUCGAGGCGGCGACCAGUACUGCUGGAGCAGCUACGGCCUCGAAUGCUGGGGCGAGGAGGAACAGAAUGAAAAUUAACGGGAAACAUUUUACGAGACUUGACUGCAUUGGACGUGGAGGUAGUUCACGAGUGUAUCGGGUGAUGGCGGAGAACUCGAAAUUCUUCGCGCUCAAGAAAGUAUCCUUGGAUGAUGCCGAUGAGAUGGCUGUGCGUGGCUUCAAGGGGGAGAUUGACUUGCUCAAGAAGUUAGAGGGAGAAGAUCGAGUAAUCCGUUUCUACGAUUAUGAACUAAACGAGGAUAAAGGGGUACUUAGUGUCCUUAUGGAGAUGGGAGAAUUGGAUAUGAAGAAGAUAUUGGACCUACGCACGAAACAGGAGCACUCCAAGUUCGAUGCCAGUUUUGUAAGACAUUAUUGGAAAGAAAUGCUUGAGUGUCUUCAGGCUAUCCACCAGCACGAUAUCGUACACUCCGACUUGAAACCCGCGAAUUUUGUUCUCGUCCAAGGACGCCUAAAAUUGAUUGAUUUUGGAAUCGCCAAUGCAAUUGAAACUGAUGAGACAGUCAAUGUCCACCGCGAAAAUCAAAUCGGUACUCCUAACUACAUGUCGCCCGAAUCACUCAUGGAUUCUAACGCUAAACCCGACUCUCGCGGCCGGAUUCCAAACGAGCCCAAGCUCAUGAAGCUAGGCAAACCGAGCGAUAUCUGGAGUCUAGGCUGCAUCCUCUACCAAAUGACCUAUGGUCGCCCACCCUUCGAUCAUAUCCAGAACAUGAUGCAGCGGUGCCAAGCCAUUAUCAACUUCAACUACCCUAUCGAAUAUCCUUCCGUUGGCAUCGGCAGUGUCCCAGUACCCGCAAGCCUCGUCCGAACGCUGAAAGCCUGCUUGAACAGAGACCAGCAUCAGCGACCUACUGCAACGCAAUUAUUAGACGAGAGAGACCCAUUUUUAAACCCGAUUGAUUAUGAUGAACUUGCCCUGCCAAUUACGGAAGAGUUGCUUGGGCGUAUACUGCUCAACGUCGCGACGAAGAUCAAGGAUCGCACACCAACGGAGGCGGAGUUGUUAAAAGCAUGGCCACAGGGCUACUUCGAGCGCUUAAGGAAAAAUAUGGCCGAAGGGAAGGUUCUAUGA